ACUGAAGUUAGACACAAUAACUCACCUUUGAGGGAAAUAAUCACAGGUAUUGAGAUACAUUUCUCCAGCCACCUGGAAAUAAAAAGUCUGCAGUAGAAAAUGCCAACACCUGUGGGACCCAGGAAACCAUGCUUGCAAAUCACUGCUAGGAAAACCAUGAUGACUUGUUUAUUGGUCAUUGCUGAUGUCAUUGAUGCAGAAUCUAUUUACUAAUAGCUAGUCAUAAUUGAGAAAUUCUGAAUUUUGAGAAGGUCUCUGCUGUUCAAGAAGAGUGGAUUAUAACAAAGUAAAUUUAUUAUUAUUUUUUAUCAUGAUAAAUUCUGGUUCAAGGUAUGCGAUCUGUGAGAUAAUUUAUGACCAAAGCCAAAUUUGCACAGUUUGAUUAUCCAUCUCAGCCUACAGACUCAGCACUCUGACUUUUGACUGUUUUUGAAAAUAAAUCCGCUAUCAGAGUAGAAGAUUUGGUGUUGGCUCUCAACAGAGUGAAGCUGAGCCUGAAAGACCAAUUGAGCAAAUACAUUCUUCUCUGAUAAUUCAUUUGAAAUAGAACAUUUAAUUUGCUAAGAUCCAAUGGUAUCACUAUGACUAAGCAACCAGGUUCCUGACUACCUAUAGGAAGUAAUUAUUAUUUAAUUAAUUUUGAAACCAGGCCUUAAAAUGUAUCAGCUAAUUCUUUUACAAUUUGAGCACUUUAUUUGGAGGAAAAUUUUAGAUUGUUUUGCUCUCCCUAUUAAAAUGAUUGUGGGAAGAAAAAUUACUUAAUUUGAGCAAUAUUUGGGAUAUAUUAUAUUUCAUUGAAUCUAAGAUGUUAUCAAUUGUAAGACACAUCAUUAUUUUAUGUACCUCUAAGAAAUAAAAAUGCUGCUAAUUAAAAUAUGACGUGCCAUUAAUUGUAAAAUACCUCUUGAUAACAGAGAUAUUAAAACAUGCAUCUUAGAAUCAGUGAAAUAUAGUAAUGCAUUCUUUUCCUUUUUUGAGGUAGAUCUUACAUUUGUUUUUUGUUUUUUUUUUUCUGGCUACCAAACUUCAAAAUUUGAAAAAAGCAAAAUAGAAAUAGUUUAAAUAUUUUUAUGGGUAGAGCACUUAUAGAGCAUAGCUUUCCACCAUGAAAACAAGCUAGCUGCGUGAGUCAGACGUUUUAUCUUCAGGCUGGCCGAAUGUCACCGAAGCAUUCUAGCGGAGAAGUUGACCUACCUGUGGAGAUGCCUGACCCUCAGUGGCAUCUUGAUGUCCUAAAGCACUAUACACUUUUACAAAGUGUUUUAACUUUCAUCACAAGGUACUGUGUACCAUCAUGUUUACAUUGUAUGUAUAAAGACUAUACAAAGAUGUAGUUGUGCAAAUUGUCCCUUAAAAUGUAUUGCUAUAGGAUUUAAAAUCUCACCGUGCUGAAACCCUAAAUUCAUAGAAGAAAAAAGAAUGAAAAUUUUCGCAUUCUAGGUGUUCAACCUAGUACUAAAACUAACAAAAAUCAAAAGCCAUGCACAAAACUACCUCCCCAGAGAGAGGCUAGUCCCUUUUCAUCCCCAUCCAUUUCAUUAUGAACAUAGUAGAAAAUAGCGUCUUCUUAUCAAAUUUGAUGAAAAACGCGAACACGUUUGAAUUGAAAUACGACUUGUCUUGUGAACUGUACCGAAUGUCUACGUAUUCGACUUUCCCUGCUGGUGUCCCUGUCUCAGAAAGGAGUCUUGCUCGUGCUGGUUUUUAUUACACUGGCAUGAAUGACAAGGUCAAAUGCUUCUGUUGUGGCCUGAUGCUGGAUAACUGGAAACAAGGAGACAAUCCUAUUGAAAAGCAUAAACAGCUAUAUCCUAGCUGUAGCUUUGUUCAAAAUCUAAAUUCAGUUAACAUUUCAGGAGCCACCUCUCAGCUUGCUUUUUCUUCUUCAGUAACAAAUUCCACACAUUCAUUACUUCCAAGUUUGGAAAACAGUGGAUAUUUCAGUGGCUGUUAUUCAAGCUUUCCAUCAAAUCCUGUAAACUCUGGACCAAAUCAGGAGUUUUCUGCCUUGAGCACAAGUCCCUACCAUUGUGCAAUGAAUACUGAAAAAGCCAGAUUACUUACUUUCCAGAUGUGGCCUCUGACCUUUCUGUCGCCAACAGAUCUGGCAAAAGCAGGCUUUUACUACAUAGGACCUGGGGACAGAGUGGCCUGCUUUGCCUGUGGUGGAAAAUUGAGCAAUUGGGAGCCAAAGGACGAUGCUAUGUCGGAACACCUGAGACAUUUCCCCAACUGCCCAUUUUUAGAAAAUCAGCUUCAAGACACUUUAAGAUACACCGUUUCUAACCUGAGCAUGCAGACACACGCAGCCCGCUUUAAAACGUUCUUUAACUGGCCCUCUAGUGUUCAAGUUCAUCCUGAGCAGCUUGCAAGUGCGGGUUUUUAUUAUAUGGGUCACAGUGAUGAUGUCAAAUGCUUUUGCUGUGAUGGUGGAUUGAGGUGCUGGGAAUCUGGAGAUGAUCCAUGGGUGGAACACGCCAAGUGGUUUCCAAGGUGUGAGUACUUGAUACGAAUUAAAGGACAAGAGUUCAUUAGUCGAGUUCAAGCCAGUUACCCUCAUCUACUUGAACAGCUAUUAUCUACUUCAGACAAUCCAGAAGAUGAAAAUAUAGAGUCACCAAUUAUUCAUUUUGGACCUGGAGAAAACCAUUCAGAAGACGCAGUCAUGAUGAAUACACCUGUGGUUAAAGCUGCCUUGGAAAUGGGCUUCAGCAGAAGGCUGGUAAAACAGACAGUUCAGAGCAAAAUCCUAACAACUGGAGAGAAUUACAAAAUCGUCAGUGAUCUUGUAUUAGACUUACUUAAUGCAGAAGAUGAAAUGAGGGAAGAGGAGAAAGAAAGAGCAACUGAGGAAAAAGAAUCAGAUGAUCUCUCAUUAAUCCGGAAGAAUAGAAUGGCACUUUUUCGACAUUUGACAUGUGUGCUUCCGAUCCUUGAUAGUCUACUAAUUGCCAGAGUGAUUAAUGAACAAGAAUAUGAUGUUAUUAAACAGAAAACACAAACAUCUUUACAAUCAAGAGAACUGAUUGAUACUAUUUUAGUAAAAGGAAAUUUUGCUGCCACUGUAUUCAAAAACUCUCUACAAGAAAUUGACCCCAUGUUAUACAAGCAUUUAUUUGUGCAACAGGACAUAAAGUAUAUUCCCACAGAGGAUGUUUCAGAUUUAUCAAUGGAAGAACAACUGAGGAGACUACAAGAAGAAAGGACAUGUAAAGUGUGUAUGGACAAAGAAGUGUGCAUAGUGUUUAUUCCUUGUGGUCAUCUAGUAGUCUGCAAAGAUUGUGCCCCUUCCCUAAGAAAAUGUCCUAUUUGUAGAGGUACAAUCAAGGGUACAGUUCGUACAUUUCUGUCAUGAAGAAGAUCCAAAACUUCAUCUAAACUUUAGAAUUAAUGGACUAAAUGUAUUAUAACUUUAACUUUUAUACAUAUUUGGUUUCCUUAAGAUUUUUUAUUUAUUUACAACUCAGAAAAUUUUGUUUUGUAUAAAUAUAAAUAUAUAAAUAUAUUUAUAUAAAUAUGUAUCUAAAACAUAUGAACAUAUGUAUUUUAGAUAGCAGGAGAAUGGUAGGCUUUUGUUCUUGUGAACAAAAAAUAGAGACAGCACUACAAGCACAAUACUAAAUCAAAAUUUCAGCACUAUUGAAAUUUUUAGUGAAGUAAAAUUGGAGAUUUUUGAAUUAACCUUUCAGAAUAUUAAAAUAUUUUGGAGUUGUAUUUAGAACCGGGAACACGGAUUUUCUGCCUUUUUGAUUGGUGUCCUAUACAUACAAGGUCUUGAUAUUUGUUGAAUGACUUUUUAGGAACAUGGUGUUUUUGUAAAGAAUUCUGUAAUAAACAUUUUAAUAAAGCAAUCAAAAUUA